AUGAAUUUGAGUUCACUCAAAAAUCAAAUAACAGAUGUCAAAAAGUCAAACAUAGACAUACAGAAGCAAAUAAGUGAAAACGAAAAGAAACUAGAAUAUGACAGACACACAAAGAAACUCAAUGAGUUAAACGUAGAGAAAAAGAAGAAAGAAGAACAACUGAAAGAACUAAGUACAGAGGAAUAUGCAAAAAAAGUGUCAGAAAAAGCAACAGAAGUAGCAAAAAUGGAACAAGAUGUCAUAAAUUUGAAAAACCAUACUACUCAAUAUAAAGUACUGAAAGAUGAAGAGAUAAAACAAAAAGCCCUGAAGACAUAUAUGGAUAGCGAUGAGUAUAAAAAAGAAGUUGAAGCAAAUGUAAAGGCAGAAAAACUUUUACAGUUGCAAAACCAAACCGUACAGUAUGAAAACUUAGCACAAGAAAGUAAAAAUAACGACGCGGCUAUGCAAAAGGCAAUGAAAAGCGCAGAAUAUAUAAAAGCUAACAAUGACUGGUUAGAUGCCCAAGCCAACGCUAAAGCAGCCCAACUCAUAGGGUCAAUAAGGACAAAAAUACAAGCGGAUGAAGACAGUUCAAAUGAAGCUUUAACAAAUGCUGACUUUAAGAAUGCCUUCGAAGCUCUUCAUAGUAAGGUGAAACUAGUGAACGACUUCUCAUCUGGAAAGAAACUGAAGUCUGAAGGUUUCGACAAAGAGUUAAAAGAAGUAGCACAAAAUAUGACGAAAAUAACAGAUGCAGCAACGAGACAGGCAGUUCAAAGUGCCUAUGACGCCGUUAGAGCAACUGUUGUGAAAAGUCAAGAAAAAGAGUUACAACAGACCAAAACAGACCUAGUAAAUGCUUUCUUAAGAACGAAAAGUCAGGUAGGACAUUACGCUGCAGAUGGAACAUAUGUGCCAGCUG